CAGACCCGAAAUCUCCUUCCUUAAAGCAAAACAAGCAAGUAAAUCCAAGAAUGAAACCCUUAAAAUUCACGAAGCUGAGAGGUGUCCUUCUGCUCAAGCAAACUCGAACAUAAAAGAAAAAAUUGAAAAAGUAUACACCAUCAGAAACCCAUCAACCAUGUUGACAGUGAGUGUAAAAUGGCUAAAGGAGGUGUUUCCAAAAGUGGAAAUUGACACAAGCCAGCCCCCUUACGUUUUCAAAUGCCAGCUGUAUGAUUUGACUGGAGUGCCCCCCGAGAGGCAGAAGAUCAUGGUUAAGGGUGGUUUGUUGAAGGAUGAUGCUGAUUGGGCAACGUUAGGAGUGAAGGAGGGACAAAAAAUGAUGAUGAUGGGCACCGCUGAUGAGAUUGUGAAGGCCCCAGAGAAAGGCCCUAUUUUUAUGGAAGAUCUUCCAGAAGAAGAACAAGUGGUUGCUCUGGGCCACACAGCUGGCCUUUUUAAUCUAGGGAACACUUGCUACAUGAACUCGACAGUACAAUGCUUGCAUUCUGUUCCAGAGUUGAAGUCUGCUUUAUCCAACUAUCCAUCUCAAAAAAGCAGUGAUCUGGAUCAGACAUCUCAUAUGCUGACAGCUGCAACUCGAGAACUAUUUAAUGAGCUCGAUAAAAGUGUCAAGCCUGUGGCACCUAUGCAGUUCUGGAUGGUAUUGCGCAAAAAGUAUCCACAAUUUGGCCAGUUGCAUAAUGGAGUCUACAUGCAGCAGGAUGCUGAAGAAUGUUGGACACAGCUUUUAUACACCCUCUCACAGUCACUUAGAUCACCGAGUCCCAGUCAAAAUCCAGAUACAAUUAAGGAACUUUUUGGCAUUGAACUUGUAAGCAGGGUACAUUGCCAAGAAAGUGGUGAAGAAAGCUCAGAGACAGAAUCAGUUUACUCACUGAAGUGCCACAUAUCUCAAGAGGUGAACCAUUUGCAUGAAGGGCUGAAGCAUGGUUUGAAGUCUGAAUUGGAGAAGGCUUCUCCUUCCUUGGGCCGUAGUGCAAUUUACCUGAAAGAGUCCUGUAUUAAUGCCUUGCCGAGGUACCUAACUGUUCAGUUUGUUCGUUUUUUCUGGAAGAGGGAAUCAAAUCAAAAGGCUAAGAUUUUACGGAAAGUGGAUUACCCAUUGGAACUGGAUGUAUACGAUUUUUGCUCAGAUGAUCUUCGCAAAAAAUUAGAAGCACCUCGCCAGAUUUUAAGAGAUGAGGAGGGUAAAAAGGCUGGUUUGAAAGCCACAGUGAAGAGCUCUAGCUCAAAGGACAAUGAUGCCAAGAUGACUGAUGUGGAGGGACCAUCAAAUGAGAGUGUAAAAACAUCAAAUUCUACCUCUGGAGAAGGUGGUUCUUCAGACAAAGAAUCACAUUUAACUGGAAUAUAUGAUUUGGUUGCUGUGCUUACCCACAAGGGAAGGAGUGCUGAUUCAGGGCAUUAUGUUGCAUGGGUCAAGCAAGAAAGUGGGAAAUGGAUUGAGUAUGAUGAUGAUAAUCCUAUUCCACAACGAGAGGAAGAUAUAACUAAGCUCUCUGGAGGAGGUGAUUGGCAUAUGGCAUACAUUUGUAUGUACAAGGCACGAGCUUUCCCAGUGUAAUUUUUGUAAUCCCAUCAUCUUUAUAUUCAACAAGUCACCACAGGAUUUAUUUGUAGAUCCAGAUUGUGAAUUGGACAACAGAGUUUUACAGAAUUGGAUUUGUUGUACUUUAGAAGUUGUCUUAAGCAUGUGUUAUGACCACCUGCAAUAAUUAAUUGGCUGUGAAUUUUCUUACAAUGAGUUUCUUUUCAGUUUAAUCUCAUGUCAGUUCCUGGUGACUUAUGGAAUGAAAAUAGAAUUUUUAUUGUUUGGCAA